CGAGCAGAAUGGAGCCAGGAGCAGAACAGAACGUAUAUGCGCUGAUGCGCAUGGCACGUGGUGAUACGCUAACCUGUAAUCUGUGACGCAAACAAUUCGGAUGUCCAGGAAAGAUUGGUUUUCUAUAUAAAAAUCUCAUAUAAUUUUAUUAAUAAGAUUGAGGAAAGGAGAUAAAGAAUCGACGAGAUUAAAAAUAUUGACAAUAUUGAUUAAACAGACACCUGUGCUUUACAACCUGAAGGAGUUGACUACAACCUGUAGUCAAAGGCACAUAACCUUCAUUCGAAAGAAGCUUUCUGAGAAAGGAAAUUCGCAUGCUUCAUGUGAUUCUCGAAUUUGUAAAUUGAUUACUGUAAAUUUUAUGAUCGCGUUUUGUAACUGAGUUUGACAUUAUUUUACCUCGAAUUACAAAAUAUAUUUAGUUAGAAAAUCUGUAAAUUGACUGAUUUAAAAAAAUGGGUAAACCAUCUUAUGGACAAAGAAGUGACAGAGAGAAAAAGUUAUCUUGGAUGUAUCGAAAGAAGGCUAAAUUGAGAAGGGCGAAAAAUUCCGAAGCCAAAGUAACCGAUCCUGCGGACGCGAACGGACAGAAUUCUCGAGUAAUCGUGAGGAAUUUGUCUUUUAAGGCAACGGAAGAGGACGUGAAAAGAUUUUACGCGCCAUUUGGUGAAAUCAGGGAAAUAAAUCUUCUCAAGCGUCCUGACGGAAAUCUCGUGGGAUGUGGUUUUGUACACUUUAAACAUGUUGAAGAUGCUUCAAAAGCGAUAUUCAAUACCAAUAAAAAAGAGUUUCUCGGAAGGAACAUAAACUGUGACUGGGCUAUAUCGAAAUCCAAGUUCUGUGAGAAACUUGAGAAAGGUCUCGCUGCAAAUCAAGAAACUGAUAAAGAUGAAGGGCAGCCUUCUCAGGAUGCUCAGGAAGAAGACGAUGGCGGUAGUAGCAUUCGCGAGAAGGACACAAGAGAGAAGGAUAAUUUGAAGAAGCAAAAGAGGAGAAAGCUUUACAAGAUGAAAAAACAGAAGAAACGAGCCAGGAUUGUAAUAAGAAAUCUAGCUUUCCAGACUACUGAAGAUAAUUUGAAGGAAUAUUUCUCUCAAUAUGGUGAUAUAGAGGAGAUAAAAAUUUUAACUAAACCUAAUGGCAAACAGGCUGGAGUUGCGUUCUUGCAAUAUAAAAUUGUACAAAGUGCUGCAAAAGCUAUACAUCAUGCAAACAUGCAGGUUCUUUUGAACAGGCCUAUGAUAGUCGAUUGGGCUGUUCCCAAAACCAAAUUCUUGCAAAACAGCACAGACGUGAAACCGGAAAUAAAAACUGAACCUGCCGACGAGGAUGCUGUACACGAUAUUUCAGAAAUAAAAGCAACUGAUGAGAAUGACGUUAGCGGUUCGGAGGCUGAAUCAAAUGGAGAUGUUACAGAGAUGGACAGUGUAAAAAUGGAGGACGAAUCUGAUGAAGAAAAUGCAGAUGUAAAAAUGCAUGAUGCAGAAGAUACUGACGACGAAAGUGAUGACAAUGAUGAUGACAUUAAAGAUGAAAGUGAUGACAAUGAUGAUGCCAAUGUUACGAUUGACGAAUCUAUUAAGGAAGAAGAGGACAGUGAUGAGGAAGAGGAUCGUUCCGCGAAACGUCCAAGUCGAGUGUCUAAUGACGUUAGUGAAGGAAAAACAGUUUUUCUGAAGAAUGUCCCGUUCUCCGUUAAAAAUGACGAACUUAAAACGUGCAUGGAGCAGUUUGGACCAGUGUUUUACGCUCUCGUGUGCAUCGAUCCUCUCACCGAAUAUUCCAGAGGCACCGCAUUUGUUAAAUUUCAGCGUGUUGAAGAUGCUGAAAAGUGUUUGUCGGCUGGAACUGAAUUACGUUUGCGUGACCAAAUAAUCGAUGUCCACAAAGCGUUACACAGAAAAGACGUUGAAGACAAAAAGAAUUUAAAGGAAAGAAGAAUUAAGGAUUCCAGGAAUUUGUACCUCAUUAAGGAAGGAGUUGUGCUGGCCAAAAGUCCAGCCGCGGCGGAAGUAUCGGUAUCCGAUAUGGAAAAACGUUUGAAAUUGGAAAAGUGGAAAUCGCAGAUGUUGCGUAACUUGAAUAUGUUCGUGUCGAGAGUGCGCCUGGCAGUUCAUAACUUACCUCUCAAUUUCGACGAUGCGAAACUCAGACAAUUAUUUAAAAAUCACAGCGGUCCUAAAGCUAUAAUUAAAGAGGCGCGAGUUAUGCGUGAUUUGAAAAAUGUCGAUGCAACUGGGAAGGGAAAGUCGAAGGAGUACGGUUUUGUUGCGUUUACCACUCACGAGGACGCGCUUAAAGCUUUGAGAAGUAUAAACAACAAUCCGAAUAUAUUUUCCAAAAGCAGAAGACCCAUAGUCGGAUUCUCGAUAGAGAAUCGUAUCUUGGUGAACGCGAAAGAGAGGAGAAUUCAGAAAAGCCGCGAGAACAAUCCCCUGUGGUCUGGAAACAAAAAUAAGAGGAAAAAUGAGGGCACCAAGGAUGAUGUUCCAGCUAAACGAGUUAAAGUCAGAAAAUUAAAAGAUCCGAAUGAAAAAUCAUUUGCAGGCACGGCCGGCAAAUUGGGCCAGGAUAAGCUGAGGUCAAACUUCAAUCUCAAGUCACAAGCCGAAUUACAUAAGCGGACCGUAAAGAAGCAGAAGAAACUGAAUAAAGCGACUAAGCAGCUGAACGUGGUGAAAAAAGAAAAGAUAAAGAACAAACAGGACAAUAUGCCAGUAAGAUAUAUUAAUUCUCGUAUCAAUAAUAAUAGGUGAAAGUCAGCCGAUAAUAUGUGAAUGUGAACUAUGUAAGAAAGAAGUCUGUUUGGUCAGAGCUGGAUCUCACUGCUUUUUAAUCUUUUUAAUGCUAUCGAUGUGUUAACACGUCCAGCAAAUAGUAUACU